AUGGUCAACACUCGAUCCUCUAAAGAAGUUUCAAAAUCGUCUUGUCAGCUGCAAAGAAAGUUGGACCUUGUUAAAACCAAAGAACCAGAACCAAUUGAUCCCAUAAAAAUUUCAAGUAAAAGGAGAAGCACAGCUUCAUUGUCUCUUGAUGGUUUACUAACACCCAAGAACGAAGAUACUGAUCAUACAUUGAUGAUGCAAACGGACAUUCACAUACCUGAGAAGAGGACACUUGUAGAUGAUCCGUUGUGGAGAGGGAAUGCUGUGGGGAAGGAGGUGAAAGAGCUACUGGAGGCUGUUGAGCACCACUACCCCAACACAUUUCAACGGGUCCAAAUUCGGGUGAAACCAUUUUGGUCGGCCAUUUUGGAAGGUUUUCAUGCCACCAUCAAAAGAUUUAUGGGAACAUCUGUGGAUGCACUAACGGUGGAUCAGAUAGCAAGCCUUCAGGAAGAUCUUAAUGAAUUGGAGGGGUUUAAAUUCGAUCUCUCGUGGGCCCUCAAGAGACUAGACAUUGUUGAUAGGCUCAAGUUUGGAAAUGAGCCUUUGCAGAAAGAGUUGAUGGCCUUAGAAGAUUCGUUAGAUCCUUUGAAAGCAACUGUUGAUAUGAGAUGGAAACAGUUGAUGGAAGCUCGUGAUAUGUACAAGAGGGAAGUUUUAGAGUAUGAAAAUGCUAUAGAUGCUCGAAACAAGAAAACACAGGAGAUGGAACAGAUGUUUGGAGCUGAUUUUGAUCGCGUAUUAAAGAGUCAUCUUGGUUUUGGUUUGCUUCCAGGGUACUAA